GGUUCUUUGAUUAUCGUCAUACUGAGCUAAAUUUCCAGAGCGCUCUAGCUAGACUCAGCUUUCACGAUUCUCAUUUAUCUUUUAUGUUCCAGACACCAACAUUUGAGAAUUGAAGGACACCAUGACUUCAAAGGCAUUUUCACAAAAUACUUUCAUCAACCCAACUAUUGAAGAAAAGUCAAUAGAGGGGGACAAGGUUUCACGGACGAGAAAACCUUCCGUUUACGACGCUGUUGCAGGUCGGAUUUCCGCAGCAGGUUUCAUUCCUAGGAGUGUGGUUGUCUCCUCAACACGGGAUACUACAUCGUCCUCAUUGAGCGCUGUGCCUCCCGAAGCUGUGUUGUUUCGGAGCAAAAAUGCGCCAACCAGGUAUGCCGAGUCGGACAUCUAUUUUGCAAAUGAGCGAGAGUCUCCGAAAGGGUUGCCAGACUCCGAUCUGCUAAAAUCUCUUCACACCUAUGCUUCAGAUUUCUAUUCUCGUGCAACUGCAGAGGGAGGGUCUAUAGAUUGGCGCAGUAUGGACGAGACGGCUUUGAUAGGUCUGGGUAUUUUGAUGGAAGAAGCAUCUCGAGAAAUCCUAGGGGAAACGGGCGACCUAACUUUUACGGAGGGAGAGGAAUUCAAUAUCGAUACUCUUGGACGCGGUCGACGUUCUCGAACAGGCAGUGUUGUCAGCCUGCCCGCAGAAGCUGGAAGGCCUGCUAAGAGAAGACGCGUCCGUGAUGUUCAUGUCAGUGCAUCGGGUUGAAAUAAAGCAUACGUAGAUGUUAGACAGCCACGACACAGAGCGUUAGACUACGAUCUCAGGCGAGUUGGGGUUACUGUCACACUGGGCUUAGACGAGCUAUUUUGGACCACAGCCAUCACUUAAGGGUUCAAUGUGAAAAACGGGAGCAGAAAUUUUGACCAGUCAGGAUAGCAGAACAGCGAACGAGCUCGUUAUCAGACUACCUUUUACCAGCCCAAUUUUACGGGUAUGGAGCUAUACGAGUAAGAUUGAGAUCAUUAAGAAGGGUUGGUGGCGUGAUAGAUUUUCAUUUAAUCGAGUUAGCCCCUUCACGGUUAAGGGACGAGCCGGAUGCGACAUCUACAUCGGUAUUUUCGGCAUCUAAUGCGGAUGGUGUCUCGCCGCAGCUUUCCGAUUUAUUGGAACGUUCAGAGCUGAUGGUGUACACCGAAACAAACUUGUGCGACCUUGGUCAAAUAUCAAAAAUGGCACUCACGUUCUGAUUUGACACAUCUGAGUAAGCUUGCAUGCUUUGUGUGUUACACCGACAUUUGGGCUGACUCUGAUAGCGCAGGAUAGCGUUUAGCCAUCUUGCUCAAGAGAAAUGAAUGUAACUAAUCCUUGAAAAUUAGCUCGGUUACCGGUAGAAAGCAAUCUUCCAUCAAUGAGCUCUAUUAAAUUAGACGUGAAAGGUUUGAGCGACCGAGUUGAACAAGGUAAGGUAGAUAGAUGAAGGUUGGCUUUUGGUUGGGCAAAGGGUCCGAGUAUUCAAGUCGUCUCCGCUGACACGUGGAAAAAGGUCCGUACAGAAGCACAAGGUGGACCUGGUUAAUCUUGGCCUUAACAUUUCCCGUCUCACCAAUAGUCUCGUUGUAUUCUUGCCUCUGGACUCUGGAGGGGUUGAAAGUUCACCGAUUUCUUAUCUAUCAGUUCAUGUAUUCGGUACAUUGCAAUUUGCCUCUCUUACGGAGGAAUGUUCGGGCUUACAGAAUCGUACCAAUACUGUUUGAAUCAUAUAUAACUUAUAUGCGAUAGCAUCAACCAACCGUUCGUCUAUACGGACUAGGAUUGUAUAUAUCAGAUAUUCGUGUUCUUGUGAAACAAACGAAAUGAUGUAGAUCUAGCUUGAGAUUUUUGAUUCUCAGAAUCGCAUUUUUGUUUACUUCGCUAACGA